CUGCUAAUAAGAACGUAGACAGAACAGAACGACUUGUCGGUGUAUAAACAGUUUGUUUAUAAUAUGUAACAAGUGUUCGCGCUUUUUUUUAAUCAUUUUCAUAGUUUUUUUUUUGCAUAGUUUUUUUUUUAUUUUUUACUCAUUUUAUUCGGUAAGCAUGAGGAAGAAUAAUCAUUCAAGCGAUGACAGUGAUAGCGAAACUGAAACAGAUUAUGUUCGUUCCAACAUUAAUCCACAUUGGUUUAGUUCAUAUAAUAACGGGGAAUUCGGGGAUGAAUUUCCAGAAAAUUUGGGUGAGGAUACAGACAAUUUAAAUUCAGCGCAGAAUUUACAACAAAAUGGACAAGAUAGGACGCAUGACAAGCCACAUCCAACGAUAAAAGUGUCAAAAAGAUUUUUGAAGGAAGUUUUGGGAAAAGUGAAAGAAAAAUUACAUUGUCAGCAGAAUAAUGAACAAACACACGUGUCAACGAACGCGACAUUGGAUACAUCUCCCAUACAAGCACAAAAUGCAAAUCAAAUUGCAAUCAACACCGCAAUUAAUACCGUUGCAAUGUCCCAACGGCCUCCUUGCAUCGUACAACCGCCGACGGCAGAACAGCAACAAUUUAUUCCAAAUAACCAGGUUCCACGGCCAUAUGCACCAAUGCUUAAUAUACCAAAUUCAAGGGCAAUGAAUUCUUAUUCUGUACCAUUUCAAAACCCUGCCGCCGUUCCAUUUCAACAGCCACCGUAUAUGGUGCAAAUGCCAUCAAACUCAUAUGCUCAAACCUCAUCAUACGACAUACACGCAUUUAAUAUGCCGUAUGGGCAAGUGCCACAACAACAACAAAUGUAUCCACAAAUGUAUUCGCAAUCACAAUCUAUGCAUUCGAAUUAUAUGAAUCAUGCUGAACUCCCAUCAUCAUCGCAUUCAAAUAUGCAUCAUCAACAAAGACCAAUUGAUCCAAGACUCGCAAGACGAGAGCCACCACCAACACAAAUGCGACCACAAACGGCAAUGCAAACACCUAUCCCACUUAUGUCAAUACAAAUAUCAAACCCACAAAUGGUAUUACGAACACCAAACCCGCCAACUGGAGCCCAACAAAAUCUUCGUCAUCAUCAACAACAACAGCUACCACCGUGUAGACCAGCUGGAAUUGAAAACAAACGUGGUAUUUCAUUAGACGCAUAUCGACGUAAUCAGCAUCGUAACACAUCAGCGUCGUUGCCACCACAACAACAAUCUCAACCACCAUCGCAACCAUCAGUAGUGCCACGACCGCAAAAUGGUGAACUAGCACCAUCAGAAACCAAUAAAGAUGAAAUCGAACCAGCAUUCUCACCGUCUGCUGACACACCAGUCAGCUCACCGGCCACACCAGCAUCGGUUGAGGUAAAUAAUCAACGAGAAAGCGAUGAAGAUAGCCAAGAAAGCGCGAUAACUGAAGAAGUAACAAUCAAAACUGAACCGGACAUUCUAACAAAUGGUGAUAAUGAUAACGAAUCGGUUGGUUCGGGUGAGACUAUACCGUUCACAUGCGAGACAUUCGUGAAUGAUCGGAGAGUAUUAAUGGCCGAAUUAGACGAACAAGCAAAAAUGCUUCAAGACAAUACAAAUUCCGCACAGUGUCAGGUGGAAGAACUGAUUGUUCAGGGCCUAGAAAAUGAAAAAGAACACGACGACAACGAAGACGAACCACAAAAUGUGACGGUCGAAAUACAAAGUGAUAACGAACAAUCGUGCAAUGAAGUUUCACAAAGUGAAUCGGAUGAAUUGUUAGAGCCGAUUAAAAGUCCGAUUAACAAGCCAGAUGAAAGUUCAGAAUGCCGGGUAGAUUUGGAACGAAUCGACGAAAAUCCAAUGUUUUUGAAGUAUUUUUCACAAAAAAAACGCAUUGGCAAAAAACAACGAAGAAGAAUAGCAAAAGUUCCAACAAGUUCAGAAUCUGAAAGUGAGCCAGAACUCACACGUACAUCGCUACAACCAUCUACAUCGGAAUUGCAGCGGCUACCCAGAUCGCCACAACCAUCUACAUCGGGUGUGGAAGUGCAGCGGCUACCCAGAUCACCACAGCCAUCUACAUCGGGAGUGCAGCAGCAAUCCAGACCACAAAAACUAGAACAAGACGAACCAAUUCCACCGGUAGAACAACCAAAACCUAUAGAUAGAUAUGCAAAUUUAUCGCCGAUUAUACUGUCCGAUUCGACUGAAGAAUCGGAAUGCGAAGUAGAUGAAGAAGUCCAUGAAAUCUCAACCGAUUCGGAGGAAGAGUAUUAAAACUCCUAUAUACAAAGAAAAAUGUAUAAAGAUUACGAGUAUUUAGAUUUACUACACAGUACAAAAUGAAGUUAACAAAAGGCGAUUAAGUUAAAAUUUAAUAACAAAUUGAAUUAAAUAAUUUUUUUUAAA